AUGGUACUAUCAGAUGAUGCUAGUGACAGUAGAGUGAUACCAGCGAUAAUGCAUCACAUCUGCACGAGACCAAUCAAAAUGAUUCAGCAGAAGCAAGCUUAUGGCGAGUCGGACAUGCGAUCGGCCAGUCUAACUACCUAUCUACCGCAUUCACAUAAAAUAUAUCCAUCCACAUAUCCAGCUAUCCUUCUCAAGCCAUAG